GAGCACGUUUUGUCAGUACGUGCGGGCUUUAAGGUUGGGACUGGAGACUAGAAGGUGGGCGCUUCCUGCGCCUGUUGCCUGCUGAGCUUCUCCUGCGGGGCCGUACGGUGCAGACCUCAUGGCGGAGAUAAUCCAGGAACGCAUAGAAGAUCGAAUCCCGGAAUUGGAACAGCUGGAGCGCGUUGGACUAUUCAGUCGUGCGGAGAUUAAGGCUAUCAUUAAGAAGGCUUCUGAUCUAGAAUACAAAAUACAGCGAAGAGCCCUUUUUAAGGAAGACUUUAUCAAUUAUAUUCAAUAUGAAAUUAAUCUUUUGGAAUUGAUCCAGAGAAGAAGAACACGCAUUAAAUAUUCAUUUAAGAAGGAUGAGAUUGAGCAUUCUAUUGUUCACCGGAUACAAGGUGUCUUCCGACGUGCUUCAGCAAAGUGGAAAAGACAAGGUCUCGCUGAGUUGCUUAGCACCUUGCUUUUUGCUAAGGCUGACUUUGAACUCGCCAUCCUCCUGUCUCAGCCUUCUGAGCCACUGGGAUUACAGGAUGAUGUUCAACUUUGGCUGUCCUAUGUUGUGUUUUGUAAGAAAUGGGCUACCAAAGCUCAACUUAGCAAGGUAUUCUCUGCCAUGUUGGCUAUUCAUUCAAAUAAGCCAGCUUUGUGGAUUAUGGCGGCCAAAUGGGAAAUGGAAGAUCGCUUAUCUUCUGAAAGUGCCAGGCAACUGUUUCUUCGGGCUCUGCGCUUUCAUCCAGAGUGUCCAAAACUCUAUCAAGAAUACUUCAGGAUGGAGCUGAUGCAUGCUGAGAAACUGAGGAAGGAAAAACAAGAAUUUGAAAAGGCUGACAUGGAUAUGGGGAGUUUUGAUCAUUCUGAAGAAAUCCUUAAUGGCGAGUUGGCUCGGAUCAUCUACAAAAAUUCUAUAAGCAAGAUUAAAGGUGCAGAAUUUCAUGUGUCACUUCUCUCAAUUGCACAGCUGUUUGAUUUUUCCAAAGAUCUACAAAAAGAAAUUUAUGAUGACCUUCAGGCUAUGCACACAGAUGACCCUCUCACUUGGGAUUAUGUGGCACGCCGAGAAUUAGAGAUCCAGUCACAACCAGGAGAUGAGCAGCCUCUGACAAAAAAAGCCAGAGCAGCGGAGGUGGGCCGGAGGGAGGAGAGGUGCUGUGCUGUAUAUGAAGAGGCAGUGAAGACUCUGCCUACAGAGGGCAUGUGGAAAUGUUACAUCAAUUUUUGCUUGGAAAGAUUUUCUAAGAAGACGAGUAGUGAGUUCCUCAGAGGGAAGAGACUGGAAAGAACCAUGAUUUCAUUCAGGAAGGCACACGAACUCAAGCUCCUUUCAGAAUCCCAGUACAAGCAGUGGAUUGAGUUGUUGCUGCCCCGUGACUUCUUUACGGAAGCUCUGGAGGUGGCAGAAGCUGGGAUUGAAUUGUUCAAGGACUCCGUGACAAUGUGGCAGAUGAAGCUGCAGGUGCUGAUUGCCUCAAAGAGUCCUGACAUAGCCAUGUUUGUUGAAGAAGCCUUUGUGCACCUCAAACCCCAGGUUUGUUUGCCCUUAUGGAUUUCAUGGGCAGAGUGGAGUGAAGGUGCCCAAAGCCAUGAAGACACAGAAGCAAUCUAUAAGAAAGCUAUUUUAGCUAUCACAGGUACCAGCUCAGUAACUCUGAAGGAUAAAUACUUGGAUUGGGCAUAUCGAAUUGGUGGCAACAAAAAGGCCAGAACUGUGUUUAAAAGUUUACAGGAAAACCGGCCAUUUUCAGUAGAUUUUUUCAGGAAAAUGAUCCAGUUUGAAAAGGAGCAAGAAUCUUGUAAGAUGGCAAACUUAAGAGAAUAUUAUGAGAGAGCUUUGAGAGAGUUUGGAUCUGUAGAUUCUGAUCUUUGGAUGGACUACAUCAAAGAAGAAUUGAAUCACCCACUUGGUAGACCUGAGAAUUGUGGGCAGAUCUAUUGGCGAGCCAUGAAGAUGUUGCAGGGAGAGUCAGCAGAAUUGUUUGUAGCCAAACAUGCUAUGCAUCAGGCUGGACAUUAGUGAAGAGAAGAAUACAACGAACUUUGUAAAAUCCUCUUGCAAGCCUCCUGGACACUUUUGUAUUAUGAAUCAGUCUGUAAAUUGAGGUGACAGAUAAAAUGGCUGAUUGAUUUUGA